AUGAUUACCGACUUUCCAUUUCGUGUAAUUCCUCGAACUGUGGAUACAAAAAUACUGAAAAUAAAAGAUGGCGAAAGCAAUACAAAGAAUGCUGGAUCAACACCAAUAUCAAAUCAUCGAAAUCGCUCGAAAAAUGAGACCCGCUCAUCACAACAACAACAGCCAAAUAUUGAUGUGAUUAUGAAGCAUGCAGCUAAAGGAUUCGUGGAUGAUCAAACACAAGUAACAUCGACAUACAGAACCAAGUUGGCAGCUUUUGGUGUUCCACUUCCAAUUGAAAUCGCGACUCUUCAUAAUAAGUAAGAACUCUUAAAUAUUUAUUUUUGUAUUUAAUUCAUAUUCUGAAAUUUUUAGAUAUUAUAUAUUCGAGGUCGCUGCUUCUGACGAGGACAUCAGAAAUAUUGAUGUAACUCCAAUUUCUGCUCGAGUGAGAAAUAAAACAACAUGCGUCGAGUAUACAGCAAGAAUGCAAGGUAGAAUGAAAUCUGUGGCGAAUGCGAAGAUACUUGAUCUCGAUGUUUGUUUAUAUUCUUGAAAUAAUUAUCAUCCAUAAAGUUGAAUUGAUUUCAGGGAGAGCGCAAGUUUCUCGCUUCCAUAUCAACAUCACAAUCAAAGAAAGAGAACUCACUAAUAUCUCGAUUGCUUGAUUCAGGAUUCGAUUCUGAUUUUCGAUACAUCAUUGUUGAGGAUGCCGGAAGAGAUCUAAAAACUCUCCUCGAUCAUUAUAAAUAUUUUGAGUUAGUUUCCCGCCAAGGAUCAAUCAUCAUGUAAUGUUUCAUUCCAGACCUCCAACUGUAUUUCUCAUCACAUAUUAUUCAUUUCAAGCAAUCAAAGAGCUUCACAGUUAUGGUUAUUACCAUAUGGAUCUUCGGCUUUCCUCAUUUUCAAUUUCCCCAACAUUUAAUUUAAAAAUCGUCGAGUUUUUUCGAGUAACAUCUUCGAAAUCAACCUGCAAAGUUUCUCAUAAAUUUCGUCUUGAUCGGUUCGUCUCUCGAAAGUAUCAUAAACAAGGUGCGAUAUUCGAUGCAUUCGAUGAUUAUGAAAAUUGGCUUUUCGUGGUGAGUUAUCCUAAUUUAUUAUCCUAAUUGAAAAAAUACAUGUUUUUUCAGAUAAUGUUCAUAUUCUGCGAAUCAAAAUUGCCGUGGAAACACAAUGGUAAGAACGGAUUCCUUGAAUCAAAAGAAGCAUUUUUCAAACGAAGAGGUUAGUGUUUAGAAGUUUUUUUUCUAUUUGAAAUCAUAAUAUUUUCAGAUGAUUACAAUUGGUGUGGUUCAACAGAUUCCCUAAUAUUAAUCCCAUAUUUGAUGGAAAAGAAGACAAAUAUCUCGGAGUUUAUUGAAGCUGUCGAUGAAUUAUUUUCAAUUGAUGUCAUGGGUUUCGAAGAAACAACACUGCCAGAUUGGGGAACUUCGAUGAAUGAAGUGUCUCGAAAGCUGAAAAAAACUCGUAAAGCGGUCUGA